GCAAACCCGCUUGGAAGCCGAAGCCCGCCAGUCUGAAUCGGCAGGGUCCAGUGGACAGACGCCAACUAGCGAUUAUUUCCCAAAUAGUUGCAUUUUUGUAUAUUUUCAUAAAUAUAAUAAUAAGUGACUGUUGAUCCAGUUGUCAACUAACAAAUUAAAAAAUGGCGUUGGAAUUCAAUAAGUGUUGCUUCUGCAUAGAGCUGAGAACGGGAUGUCUGAUCAUCGGUUACCUGAACCUGAUCGGCAACAUCGUAAUGAUCUUGAUGUCGAUCCUGGGUCUGGCAGCCGCAGGCGUGGUGACGGCGCAAGGCAAGGAUGAGGACGUGCAGGCAGUGGGAGCCGUCAUGUUCGCCGUCGUUGCGAUCAUGCUCGUCUUCCUCAUACUGUUCCUCGCGUUCACCAUAGUGCUGCUGGUCGGAUUGCAUCAGUAUAAACGAGGACACAUAAAGGCCUACCUGAUCUACGCUCUGAUCUUCAUAGUGCUGUACAUCAUCAUGUUCUUCGCGAGCUUCGCGUCUGAGCACAUCGUCGCCGGCAACAUAGUCAGAGAUCUCAUCUCUAUCUUGUUGAGUAUUUACUUCUUGCUGGUGAUCAGAAGCUACUACCUGAAGAUGGACGACCCUGCCAACAAGCCCGCGGUCUACAACACGGCUUAAGUUACCUAAUUGUAAUUAAAUAUCUAUGAUAUUGAUAAAACAAUUAAUUAUCAGACGCGUAGCAUUUAUAUUUUAAUUUAGAAAAAAAAAUAUUUUCUUUUUUUUGCAUUUUUUAUGUUUACUUAUUCAUGUGUCCAAUGUGUGUAAUGUGUCCAAUUUCAUUUUGUGACAUUUAUUUUGUUCUUUAACUACUUAAAGUGAUUAAAAAUUCUGUAGAUAUGCGCUGUUAAUUAAAUGUUUGCUAAUUAAGAAUAUGUUUAAAUGUUGUCAUACGUCGUGGUGAGUUUAAUUGCUUCGAAUCAAUCACUUGACUAGCAUCAAUGUUUGAAUCAAUCGUUUUGCCGUCUAUGCUUAUUUCUAUAAUAUUGUGCAUGACAAAAGUGUUGAUGUAAAAACAUUGUUAUUACAUUUUAGUCGUUUAAGUUUUUUCUUGUACGUUUAGUUUUAAGAUUUGAGUCCUUUUUUUAAGUUUUCAGUUGCAGUUACGUUUUUAUCAAUGCAAACAGAUACAUUUUUUAUGAAUCCUUUUGUUUUUACUUCAAAAAUUGAAACAGAUAUUGUUUAUAAUUAUUUGUUCAUAAUAAAAUAUAGAUUUAAGAUAUGUUUUAUAUGAAUAUGUUGGAAAUAAUUCUGUUUCUUUUUUUUUGUAAUUCCGUAUUUUGUUACUACAAUUUAAGUUUUGCAAAAGACACAAUAUAAUAAGUUUUAUAAACCUGUGAAUCAAAACUUUUUUACGAAGCAAUUUUAUAUGAAUGAAAAAAUAUAUCACCACCGAUUUUUAUGGAUAUUUGUGAUAAUAUAAUAUGUUUUGUAAAACCGUUUUACUGUAGGUUAUCCAAAUAAAAAGUGACAAGAACACAAUUGCUAUUAUUUUUUUACCAAAUAUUGUUGUUAUUUCUCAAAAUCGAAUACAAUAUAAUAUUAUUAUGUUAAAUGAAUACUUAUUAUUUUUCUAAGUAACAAAAUGCUAUUCAUAUUUUUGUAUAAACUAUAAAAAAUAUUAGUACCUAAACACUAAUUAGUUAUCUCAUUUUUGAUAGUAAUAGUGCCAUCAGAAUGUGUUAUUAUUUAGAAGUUAUUAUAAUUUCUCUUUAUUGUUGCAUUUACCUCAUAAGGUAUAGUUUUUCUAGCGAUCUGCGUUGGCGAGAAAGGUCGUAAGUUACAUUUGUUUGUCAUACAGUUACGACCCCUUUAACAAAACAUCUUCUUAUGAAUCGUAAAAAUCUCAUAGGCAUAGAAUAAUCAAGCAUUUCUUUAUGCAUUGAUUCUGCUUCUUACCAUCCAAAAACGUAAUUCUAACGGAGGCCUUGGAAAGAUUUGUUCGAAACAAAAUUUUUGGAAAAUAUUUUUAAUAGUGCGGCUUUACGAUCUUUGUAAUUUUAUAAAAUGUGCUUGAAUGUCUAAAAGAUAAUGUUAAUUAAGUGAUUAAUAAAUCUAUUAAAAUACUUUAAUGAA